AUGUCGGCGAGCGCAACGGACGGCUUGCCAUGCGCGCGGAUUAUGCAUGUCCGUGAAGUUGUUUCAGCGGGGCAAUCCAUAGCCGGGAUGCUCGUAAGGGUGACAGGCAGGAUCCGACCAAUAGCAGGGGGUGAUGAAACGCGCAUCAGGAUAGAGGGUCGGUCUGGAGCUCUGCUCGUUGUAGACACGUCCCGUAUAGUCACACCUGGCAUGCGCCCUAACAGUCUGUUCCAGUUUCUGGGGAAGGUCGAUUGGAGAGAAGACGCGGCAGAGGAAGACAAGAUGUUACUUGCAAACUCUGCAGGAGGCUUUGAGGCAUCUCCAACUUCAUUCACCUUCCUCCUCUGCCCCCGGCUUCCCCUGCAGGUGCUACUAGCGCAGCUGGGGCGGAGUGUGGAGGGCAUGGACGAGGGGCUGUUUGAGAGGGCGCUGGAGCUCAAGCGGCAGUUCGAAAGCGCUGCCAGAGCUGCCAGGUAG